AACGACAAAUAAUUGAAAGUUGAUGACAUUCUCAGUGCUCUCUGGUUAUAUAUAUAGAGGUUUAAAGCUCGUUCAUUGUCCAACCCAAUCGAGCUUUAUUGACUAUAAAUCUUUAUUUAAUUCCAAGAAGAUGGGUAAGGAAGUGUUUGAUACAUUCUUCUUGAUUCACGGAGCACCGCUGGUUCUGAUCGACGACACUCUACCCGCCAGAACAUUCUUGAAGUCAUGGAGGGAGAAGAUCUUACCGGAGAAACCCAAAUAUAUUCUCGUGGUUUCCGGUCACUGGGAGACCAACGAACCCUCCAUCAACGUCGUCGACCGCCAUGAAACCAUCCAUGAUUUCGAAGACUUCCCGCCCGAGAUGUACGAGCUCCAGUACCCAGCUCCGGGAUCCAAAGAACUGGCCACCAUGGUGAACGACGUUCUGGUGGCUGCCGGGUACAAGCCUCUCCACGUAGACACGAAGCGAGGGCUCGAUCACGGAGCCUGGGUGCCACUCAUGCAAAUGUACCCGGAAGCCGACGUGCCGGUGUGCCAGCUCUCGAUCCAGUCCCACGAGAACGGAACCUAUCACUUCAACUUGGGCAAGGCCCUGGCUCCUCUCAGGGAGCAAGGAGUCCUCAUCGUCGGCACCGGAAGUGUCACGCACAACAUGGAGUCCCUCAUCGUCAACAACGUCGGCGGCACUGUGGCCCCGUGGGCUCUCGAGUUCGACAACUGGGUCAAGGACGCGCUGCUCAACGGAAGGUACGAUGAGGUGAACGAGGCUCUGGAGAAACAUCCACACGCCAAAAUGGCGCAUCCGGACGGACCGGUGCAUUUCUAUCCUCUGCUGGCGGCCAUCGGGGCUGCCGGAGGGGAAAAGGCCAAGGCGGAGCUCAUUCAUCAUAGCUUUAGCCGGCAUACUAUUUCCUAUGCCAACUACCGGUUUAGGUCAACUGAGUGAUGAGAUCGAUCAUAAUAUGUUCGUUUUCAUUUCUUCAAAGCAUGAUCCAUGCAUGGUGUGUGUUGGAACUUGCUAUUUGUUCACGGAUGCGUCUUCCUUACUUCUUUCUCAUGUUUUCCAAUCUCAUUAUUAUUAUUAUUAUCAUUGUUAUUACUGUUCGUGUAAUCAACCUGCAGUGUUGAUUUUUUUUCUUUUGGGUAUGUAUCUUUGCAUGUGUAAUAAGAUUUUUGCUGCUACAGAUGAGGGGGUUGCGGUUGUACGUACGCACGUAUAUGUAUUCACUUAUGUAUCCAUAAUGAUUUCAGCAAUAAAAUCAUUCUGUCUCUAA